AUGGCGGGGGGGGGCCACCCGUUGCAGGGCAGCAUCCUCUACAAUUUACUGAUGAGCGCGAAGCAGAAGCACGCGGCUGCUCCAGUAGAGCCCAAGGUGCGCUUGGGGGUUCAGUGCUGGGGUUGUGCCUGCGGUGCUCAGUCCAUCGGGGACGAGGAGGGACUGCCCGGAGGGCAAACCUCGUCCCUCCUGUACCGCUGCUGCCUUUGCGGGGAGAACCACCCGCGCCAGGGCAGCAUCCUCUACUCUAUGCUCACUAGCGCCAAGCAGUCAGGCUCAGGGACCCAGGCGUCCAGGGCGCGAUUCGGAGCCCCGUGCUGGGGCUGUGCCUGCGGCAGCCCCGAACCCCUGGUGAGUAGAGAGGGGACACCGGCCAGGCGGGCAGCCUCGCUCCUGUACCGCUGUUGCUUCUGCGGAGAAGAGCACCCGAAGCAGGGCAGCAUCUUGUACAGCUUGCUCACUAGCGCCAAGCAGACGCACGUGUCUCCGGAAGCGUCCGAGGCACGUCGCGGAGGCGAAUGGUGGCAGCUGUCUUACUGUACGGAGAGUAUGGAUGACCCAGAGGGGCUGCAGAGCGCACAGGCCAUGGCGUUCCUGUACCGCAGCUACGUGUGCGGUGAAGAGCAGCCCCAGCAGAGCAGCUUAGCCUGUGGCACACCCGGGAGCUCAGAUCAACUGCCCCGGGCUCCGGAAGAGCAGCCUAGGGCCCUCUGGUGGGACGCCUCUUCUGGAGUGCAGCGUCCGUUGACUCUCAAGAAUCCACAGGUGGUGUGCGAGGCAGCAUCGGCUGGCCUGCUGAAGACACUGCGCUUUGUCAAGUACUUGCCCUGUUUCCAGAUACUGCCCCUGGAUCAGCAGCUGGUGCUGGUGCGGAGCUGUUGGGCGCCCCUACUCAUGCUUGAGCUGGCCCAGGAUCACCUGCACAUCGAAAUGAUGGAGAUCUCCGAACCUAGCGUACUGCAGAAGACGCUCACCACCAGGCAGCAGGAGACCCAGGGUGCUGAGCCCGCAGAUCCCCUGGCCAAAGAGCAGCCACAGAUGGUGUCCACUGCGGAGGCUGGACACCUGCCCUCGGCCGCCCCCCCCCAAGCCAUAAAGAGCUGCUGGAGUCUGAACAUCGAUACCAAGGAAUAUGCCUAUCUGAAGGGGGCCGUGCUCUUUAACCCAGACCUGCCCGGCCUGCAGUGUGUGAAAUACAUCCAGGGCCUUCAGUGGAGAACUCAACAGAUCCUCACUGAGCACAUCAGGGUGAUGCAGAGAGAGUACCAGAUCAGAUCUGCUGAACUGAAUAGUGCCCUUUUCCUGCUGAGAUUCAUCAAUACUGAUGUCGUCACUGAACUCUUUUUCAGACCUAUCAUUGGUGCAGUCAGCAUGGAUGAUAUGAUGCUGGAAAUGCUCUGUGCAAAGUUGUGA